AUGGUUUUUCGAUCCGAAUUUCGCCAUUAUUCUAAUGCUAGAUUUGUUGGUGAUGAUGAUGAUGAUAUCAACAAUGAAGGUGAAUUCGAGAUUAUCGUAAACGAAAAUGAAGUUUUUACCGAGGCAAGUGAAUCAGAAUUGUUUGACAGAAAAGUUAAGUCUAAUGAAGAGGCUUAUGAGCUGUAUAAUAGUUAUGCAUUUAAACACAGUUUUGGUAUACGUAAGGAGAAGAAACCUGGCGAAGAACCAAAAGUUUACCAAAAGAGGAAUUUUCGCACAGGUUGCAAGGCACAUAUUCAAUUUGAUGUUGAUAAGAAUUCUGGUUUGUUUAUCGUGGUCAAUCACAUUAUGGAUCAUAAUCACAGUAGGGUUCCUAUUUCAAAGAGACAUUUGAUUAGGUCUCAUAGGAAGGUCAGUGAGGAACAAAUUGCCAUGCUUAGCAGUUUGACUGAGAGUAGUAUACCUAUUGCUGAUGCAGUGCGCGUUUUAAAACAUCAAGCUGGUGGUGAGGCAAAUCUUAGUUUUCUUUGUAGGGAUGCAUAUGGUGCGUUAUCUGCCCAUAAGAAAAUGAAGUUUGAUGGAUGUGAUGCAAUGCAACUUCUUAGCUACUUUAAGGGUAGUAAAUGCAAUGAAUAUGACUUCUAUUAUGAUUUUGAUGUCGAUGAGAAAGGUCAUUUGGAGUCUUUCUUCUUUCGUGAUAAUAGAAUGAAGGUAGAUUAUGAUGCCUUUGGAGACUUGUUGGUUCACGAUACGACAUAUCGUUCAAACAAAUAUGAUACUAUUCAGGAAUUUGAGCAUUAUUGGUCAAGCAUGCUGAAUAAGUACAAAUGCACAGAUAACAAAUGGCUUCAAAAUCUGUAUAAUAUCAGAGAGAUGUUGUGUCCUGCAUAUUCCAAAGAUUAUUUCAGUGGUGGUGUUAUAUCAUCUCAGAGAAGUGAAACCACAAACAAGUCAGUUUCUCGUAGACUUCAUGCUACUCAUGGUCUUUGUGAUUUCUACACUUCUUUUAUUGAGGUUGUUGAUGAGUGGAGGAGCAAAGAAGGUAGUAAUGAUUAUGAUAGUUUAACUGGUAAUCGACAUCUAGUAUGGGCAUAUAUUGGGAUUUUGGAGCAUACAAGGAGGAUUUCUACAAUCCAAAUUUAUAUACAUUUUGAAGAUAAUUUUGUGAGUGGUGUUCCUUGCACAGCUAAGGUCAUAGGAAUGCAACCUCCUCUUUAUGAAUAUCACAUGGGGCAUCCCAAAAAAGAUCUGCUUAUGCAUACAGUUGCGUUUGACGAAUCAACUGUCACAGUUGAUUGUACUUGUAAGUAUUUUGGUGAGGUUGGUCUACUAUGUAAGCACUUACUUCGUGUCCUACACUUGAACAAUGUUACUUAUAUACCUAAGAGGUACAUUUGUAAGAGAUGGACAAAAAGUGCUAUGUGCACAUGGGUUGAUGAUAAUGUGGUUGUUGUAAAGGGUGUCACACCUUCUAGUGUAUGGACAUUGCAUUUUAUUCGAACUUUUAUUGGACUUGUUGAUUGGGCGCAAAAUGACUUAGGUGCUCGAACAGUCAUUGAGGAAGCAAUAGAUGAGUGUUCUAAUAGGAUCAAUCUUUUACUGAUAAAAGAUAAAGAUGAACCUCAAGAAUCCUUGAUAACUGAUCAACAUGAUGCUGCUCCAGAUAAAGGUGAAGGCAACCUUUUAGAACCACAAAAUUUUGAAGAAGAAGUUCUUGAAAAAGAGGAUGUUGUGGAAGAAAAACCUACAGUUGAUAUUGAAGUAAAAAUCCUAUCUAAAAGAGGAAAAGGGGGCAAAAAAAAACAGCAGAUUGAAGAGCACCCAAGAAAAGAUUUGCAACAAGCUCAUGGGUCAAAAGAUUAA